UUUUGGCGUUUAAGAUCAAGUAGGAAACACUCCUGCGGCCCCGCCCUGCCGCCCCGUGAGUUUCACUCACGCAAGAGAUGCGCGUUGGGCGGGCAUGGCGCGUGCUGCUGCUGCCGCUGGGCCUGGUCUUUGUAGGGCCGAUGAGACGAGCUGAGUUGGCAGAGCCACGGGUAGCACGACAGAGCCUUGCGGGAGGAGCAGGUCUGGAGAAGGCGAGGUUCAUGGGCCGAUGGGUGGACUGGAAGCCCGUAUUGUCUGUGGCCUCCCUGGCCGAAGAGACCGGAGGUGAAAUGCCCCUGGGAAUCCGCUUUACCCUCACCGACGAUGGCCACUUUGAGAUCUCAGAGAUCAUUAGUGGCGGCUCCGCCUCCAACGGAGCUCUGGAAGUGGAGGUGGGGAAUAUCAUCCACGCUGUGAGCUGCGAGGUGGACGGGCAGAAAGAUGUGGCGAUAGCCAGCCAAAUGACAACUGUUGACCAGAUGACGCAGGCGAUCCUGUCGAACUCAGACGAGAUCGUCAUGAUGCUCGUCGAGAAGCCUGAUCCAGGUGCUGCGGGCUCCAUCAGCUUCCUCACCAAUGUGGCCACCAAAUUCUGAGGUCCACUCGCAGCUUCUUCGCGAACACGCGGGUGGAAUGACACACAUGUUCCGAUAGCGCGGUCGAAAA